GAUCCUCGGUAUUGUGUACAUCUACUUUUCACAGUAACUGUACGCACUGUGCGUGCAUCCUACGUAUUUAGCGUUUAGAAUGACCAGUUUAGUAUUGUCGAUGUCAGCCAUGGAAAGAACCAUCAGCUUCGCGUCAGCCCAUAAUGAGAUUAACUCGUGCAAAUCUUCUCAAAUUCCGAAGUGUUCUGGUUGUGAGCAUCCGAUACUGGAUCGUUUUAUCCUCAAAGUACAAGAUCGCGCAUGGCAUUCCAAAUGUCUCAAAUGUACCGACUGCCAGGCCCAGCUCAGCGAUAAAUGCUACUCCAGAGGAGGACAGGUUUACUGCAAAGAAGAUUUCUUCAAACGUUUUGGGACGAAGUGUUCAGCGUGCGAUCAGGGAAUCCCACCGACGCAAGUUGUUAGGCGGGCACAGGACAACGUUUACCAUCUACAGUGCUUUGCUUGUGUUAUGUGCAAUAGGCAGCUAGCUACAGGCGACGAAUUCUACCUUAUGAACGACAACAAACUAGUUUGCAAAGGAGACUACGAAGCCGCUAAAGUUCGAGGAGGAACAGAUUCCGAUUUAGAAAUGGACGCGUCCAAUAAACGACCGAGAACGACGAUUAGUGCCAAGCAAUUAGAAACAUUGAAGACUGCGUAUGCUAAUAGCCCCAAACCAGCCAGACACGUGAGAGAGCAGUUAUCAAGCGAAACCGGACUCGAUAUGCGCGUGGUUCAGGUCUGGUUUCAAAAUCGUCGCGCGAAAGAAAAACGCUUAAAAAAGGACGCCAACCGCCAGCGAUGGAGUCAGUAUUUUCGUGGAGUUAAGAGAACACGAGAAGGCAGUCCGCACGAGACGCUGUCGCCCGAAUCAACGAAGGACAAAGACGGAUACGAAGACGAAAUGAGUAUCGGAACAAAUAAUAACAACUCUACCAUGUACGACAGCGGCUUGGAACAGGAACCUUCGCCAAUUCCACACCAUCCAAACGGCGGUAGCUACAUGGACAAUCAUUAUAUGCAAAGUAACGACGGUUACCCCAUAACGCACUCACCGAAUUUACCCAGCAGUCACCAGCGUAUUGUACCUUCUAUGGCGUUUGUGGAAGGACCGGGUGGCAUGCCGGGAAUGAUUAGUGCCAGCAGUCAGGGUGUGGGGGAUGCCAUGCGGGUCAUGGCGGGUGCUGUAUCAGAUUUACCCAAUGGAGCUCCACAUCCGGGUUAUCAAGAAUUUCCACACAGUCCAACUUGGUUGGACCAACCGCAGUAUUAGUUCACCGUGGGUGUUCAAAUCAAUGGCGGCGAAACAUUCUUCGAUGUUGAUGAAACAAAGACAAUGUCAGACGUUCGUCGUUUUGUUCUCAAAAUUAAAUAACUGCAGUACGACGGCGAGAGAUGCUGACAAUUUGCGUGAAGAAACUGAACGUAUGCUAGUGGCGAGGAAGUGCAGUGAGGCCAUGCCGGUUUCUGUGAUAAAUAACAGUCAAUCUGUUUGGUCGUGAAAUCACGCCAACGAAUGUUUACUU